AUGGCCGCCGUCACUACCCCUUCGGAGGCUUUCCCGAGAAGCGCAGCUGUUGCCGCCGGGCCCUGCAGUCUUAAAGUGAAUUGUUGCUUUCUGCACAGACCGUCGUGGGACAAGUGUUGGAACAGGGCAGAAUGGGCUGAUAUAGACCCAGUACCACAGAAUGACAGCCCUAAUCCAGUGGUCCAGAUCAUCUACAGUGAGAAAUUUAGAGAUGUUUGUGAUUACUUCCGAGCUGUUCUGCAGCGCGAUGAAAGACGCGAACGAGCCUUUAAGCUCACCCGGGAUGCUAUUGAGUUAAACGCAGCCAACUAUACAGGGUGGCAUUUUCAGAGAGUUCUCUUGAGGUCACUUCAGAAGGAUUUGCAAGAGGAAAUGAACUACAUCACUGCAACAAUUGAGGAACAGCCCCAAAACUAUCAAGUUUGGCACCAUCGGAGAGUCGUAGUGGAAUGGCUAAAAGAUCCCUCUCAAGAGCUUGAGUUCAUUGCUGAUAUUCUUAAUCAGGAUGCAAAGAAUUAUCAUGCAUGGCAGUAUCGACAGUGGGUCAUUCAGGUAUUCUCUGGAAAGGAUCAAAUUAGUACCACACAGUGAAAGUGCGUAGAACUACUUGAAAGGGAUCCAAACGUUACCAGAACCCCCAAACAACAGGAAGCAAUGUUGAGAACAUGAUGCCCACAUUCCCAAGAGGGUUUCUUUGUAGCUUUGGAACCUGUCCUGAAACUAGCUCUUAUAGACCAGGACGGACUCACAGAGAUACGCCUGUCUCUACCUCCCCAGUGCUGGAAUUAAAGGUGCAUGCCACUGCCACCUAGCAUAAACAAGUUUGAAAUCAAUUUUUGUGGCCAGUGGAGAACUAGCAGCAUGAGUAACAGGAGAAGAGUCAGCAAGGAGGGAGAACCAUCAGAAACACGAAGGAUACGGAGCCACCCAAGCAGCUGCCGCUCACUUUAGAUUAUCCUGGAGCAUGAGCAUGGCCUGGGUUGCAGGGGCCUUCCUGGAUAAGCUGAUGAUGCUGCUGCUACCGCUGCUGCCGCUGCUGCUGCUGCUGUCUGUUCAGAAGGGGCCCCUGGUAGCAGCAUGAGAUCCACGUAAGUACAGCAAAAUGCUUAAAACUUGGACUAUGCUGUUUGGAAAACUUUUCAUUUAAUUCCUAGUCAUAUUUGGACACGAAAUAGUAGAGUAUAGGCCUGGGAAAAAUUAAGAACGUUUCAAAUAAACCUGUCCGGUUGCAACCUGAAAAGUAGAAUGAAUUACAAUGGCCUUUCCUCUUUUGAGAGGGUCUAAAACAUGAUAUAUAUAGUAAAAAUUUAUCUAUUUUUACUUAUAUGUCUGAACAACCAUUGAAUGAGUUAAUGUUUUAACAAAAACAAAGAAGCAUAGAUAGGAGUUAAUUGGCCAAUGCUAUCAUUUAUUUCCUUUGAGGACUGGAACAAUUUCCAGGAAUUAAGUCCAUAAGAGAAAUGACUAGCAGGCAUUACACCAUUCUGCAUCAGUUUAGCUGUUAUUAGCUUACAGUUUUGCAGACCUUGGCAGUUUCAGAGUUAAGAUGCUAAUUAACUCUUUAGUACUACAGGGAUGGAGGACCUGUAGGCCAGCCUAAAUUUUAUAGGUCAAAUUUAAAACCCGUUGCUCAGGGGAAAAAAAAUAAACCUCUAGGUGUUCCCUUAAUAGAAGGGUUUGUUUCUAAUGGUAAAAAGUUCUUGCUUGAAGACAAAACUUUGCUAGUCUUUCUCUAGAUGCCAAUAAUUUACAUUUUAAAAAUUUGUCUUUGGGAACUGUGCUUCUGAUUUGGACAAACAUCUGGUAAGGUUUUAUUGGUUUUAUUUGUAGAAUUGUCAGUAGUCUAGUGCAACAAUGAAAUUCUAAA